AUGAAUGCCCUAGAUGGUGUCCCUUUCAAAGUCCCCAAGGGCUUUGUGAUAGGCACAGAGCUUCUCCCUGGGCCAGAACUCAGUGUCCCAGCCUGCAGGGAGCUUCUGCUGGGUUCUAUGUCCCUCGGCCCAUACACCUGCCUGCCACCUCUUGGGCGGGAGCCCCAGCCUCUCCUCGCCCGCAGAUCACAUCCUGAUUCUGCUGACCUGCUAUCCGCCCUUAGCCAGGAGGAGCAAGACCUCAUCGGGCCAGUGGUCUCCCUGGGGUAUCCCCUGCACAGGGCCAUCGUGGCUCUGCAGAAGACGGGGCGUCAGAGCCUGAGCCAGUUUCUCAGCUACCUUAGCGCCUGUGACCGGCUGCUGCGGCAGGGCUACGAGGAGGGCCUGGUGGAGGAGGCCAUGGAGAUGUUCCAGUUCUCUGAGAGCCAGGCAGGGGAGUUCCUGCGCCUCUGGAAACAGUUCAGUGACAUGGGCUUCCAGCAGGACCGGAUCAAGGAGGUGCUACUGGUCCAUGGCAACCACCGUGAGCAAGCCCUGGAGGAGCUGGUGACCUGCGCCCAGUGACCACUGGAGCACUCUGCAUCCCAGGCAUCCCAGACCUGUGCUAAACCUGGCAAUCCAAUCUAACUGUAGGCCACAUAAGAUUAACAAAGCGAUACAUACUCAUUGUAAAAAUGCAAACAAUGCCAAGGGUGGGAGCAAAUACCAUCAGGGGGCAAAACUUCACCCAUCUUAGCUUUUCAGCUAGACCCAUUAGCAAGAGAAAAACAGUUUAUUAAUACAUGCAGCACACAUCACAUGGGAGAAACCUCAGUGAAAAGUAACUCAAAGCAGCAGUUUAGAACUCUGGCUUACGUGGCAUCGACAAAGCACAUAUUUGUAGAGAGAGAACAGGACAAAGGAAAUCAGUUUUAGGCUUCCAAAAAAUGACAAACUGUUGGAAGGUAAAUAUAUGGGAGGGAACUCAUGGAGUAAGGGUCAUUUGAAGAUUCCUCUGGCACAUCUCUGGGAAGAUAAGACUCUAUCUCAAGAAAAGGAGAAUUUGUAUUCUGCAUUUAGACAGAAAAGGGAGAAGGGUAGGGAAAGCUUGUCCUGCAUUUGCUGCUGCUUAAUUGCCUCUGGCUCAAAAUAAUUUUUAUGUCAAAGAGGCAUAUUUUGGGGUAACAUUCUGGUUUCCUCAACACCCAAAGAAUCAGCCAGAGGAGUCAAAGGUGGUACCUGUGGGGAGGGGCAGGUGGGAGAGCAUGGACAAGGAGCUGUGUUUUCUCAUACAAGCCCUGUAAAACUACCUUUAUUUGACUCUAAACUGUGUGCAUUAGUAACUUUGAUUUUAAGAAAAUUAAAACAAAACAAAAAUAA